CCCUUGAAUGCCUGUGACACCAGAGGCUCACAGCACUCGGCCAUCACCAAACUGUUCUGUCUGCAUGACCAAGUACGACAAUGGCACUAAUUCCGGCCCUUCAUGCCGCAGAGCAUCUCCACGCAAUCGUGGACAUGGGCUCAAAUGGGAUUCGAUUCAGUCUAUCAAGUCUGCAACCACCGACACAACGCAUAAUGCCAACUCUAUACCAGCACCGAGUAGGCAUCUCACUUUACGAUGCACAAUAUUCACAAACAGGCGAAAGAAUCCCGAUAGACGACAAGACCAUCAAGGCCGUCACAGCAGCUUUCAAGCAAUUCAAACGCACUUGUCAAGAUUUCGGAGUACCAGAGCAGAAUACUACAGUAUUGGCAACAGAAGCUACGCGAACUGCUAUUAAUUCGGAACUUUUUCGCGCGGAGAUCAAGAAGGCAGUUGGGUGGGAAGUGACGAUGCUUGCUAAGGAAGAGGAAGGUAGGGUGGGUGCUAUGGGUGUGGCAUCUUCUUUACCUUCGUUGAGUGGGCUUGUUAUGGAUCUUGGAGGUGGGAGUACGCAGUUGAGUUGGAUUGUGAAGAAUGGGGCUAGUGAUGGGGUGCGAUUGCCGCCUUCUGGAGCUGUUAGUAUGCCUUAUGGCGCUGCUGCGAUGGCGAGGCGGCUUGCUGAGGCGGAGAAGACUGGGACGACUGCGAAGCUGCGAGAGGAAGUCUACAGCGCAGUGAGAAAUGCUUACGAGACUUUGCAAGUGCCGAAGGAAUUGGAGAGAGCUGCGACAGAAGCGGGUGGAUUCACGUUGUAUCUUUCUGGAGGCGGGUUUCGUGGCUGGGGUUAUGUGCUGAUGAGCCAGCAUCGUAUUCAGCCAUACCCGAUACCUGUGAUCAACGGCUUUCGUGUCAGCAGAAAUGCUUUCCUGGAAAUCGAUCAAGUCAAGGCUGCAGCUGCGGAUUCACUCGAACCCACUGGAGAAGGCGAGCUGUUCAGGAUAUCGGAACGUCGUGCUGGACAAGUACCAGCUGUUGCAUUCCUUGUCAACGUCCUUGCUGAAGCGCUGCCACAAGUCAAGGAGGUUCGUUUUUGUCAAGGUGGUGUCCGGGAAGGUCAUCUAUUCUCAUCGUUUCCAACGGAACUCAAAGCAGAGCUGCCUCUGGUUGUGGCUACCCGACCCUUCGCAAACACAGAAUCUUCGAAGAAACUUGUCGCAAUUCUCGAAUCUGCAUUUCCUGCAGGCUCAACAUCUGGUGCUGCGGAUGACUACAAGAGCAUCUUUAUCCCGGACUUGCUCGAAGCGUUCGCGAAUCUGAUAUACUACCACUCCAGCCAUUCCAAAGACCUCCAGGCUUCAGCAGCACUCCGUAGCACCACAGCAGGCGUCCUCGCCAGCGUUCACGGCAUCACUCACGAAGCCAGAACGCUCAUAGCAUUACUGCUUUGUGCAAGAUGGGGAGGAAGCAUACCUCCAAGCGACCAAGUCUUUAAGCGCAACCUUGAACAACUGAUCGAAUCACCUUGGACACUAUGGUGGAUCAACUAUCUCGGCGCAGUGGCUUCCUUGAUCGCAAGUAUCUACCCUGCAGGGCCACUGGUAGGACAUGAGCGACUCCGCCUCAAAGCCGCAUGGGACAGAGAUGAAAAGCAGCGAGCGCUUUUGGUCUUGGAAGUCGGUGUCUCCGGCGAUGUGGAUGAAGAAGUUGUCGAACACGAGGCGCACGAGGUAGAGAAGGUUGGUAAGCGGAAACGCUGGAUUGGUGGGCGAGACGGCAUCGGUCAUCGAUUAUCUGUCAAGGUCCAUUCUAUCAGAUCUUGAUACAAUAAUGACAUGAAGCAGACUGUCAUCAAGAUGUCGUGUUUGGUCGAAUUCGUGCGGCUAAGGCUAAGAAUCCUUCUGGCUUCAAGCGGCAUUUGAAAUCUGCUUCGAUCCCAAGGAGGCUAAGUUAGCUGUG